GACACUGACAAAAAUUGACAAAAUGCUCCGUGCUUGUUGCUUGUUUCUAUUUAAAUUCAAAAUACAAAACAAAGAUUUCAGAUAAAAAUAAGGCCAUUUAUUUAUGAAAGUCUUAUUUCAUUAUAAUGUUGUUUAAUUUGUAAAAUAUGUUUACAGUUAUCUAAACUAUCAGCUUUUGAAAAAGCCGGUUUCAAUCAAGUAUUUAUUUUCAUUCAAAAACUAUGUCUGACGCGUGGGAAGAGAUUCAAGCAGUUAAGAGUAAGCGGAACAGUUUGCGGGAGAAGCUUGAAAAGCGAAAGAAAGAACGACAGAACAUUUUGGGCGCGAACUUGGUACCUGAGCGUGGAGAAGGCUCUCCAGGAUCGAAAGACCGGGCUGUGUUGAGUCCAGUCUCCCAGAAAAAUGAAGCCUCGCAAGUGCCAGAGAAGCCGAAGGUGGUCCCAAUAGCAUCCCUUGAAGUGCGUCUACUGCAAGUGCUGUCAGACAUGCAGUUACAGCUGCCUGCGACGGCCAAUGCUUUACUGCCGGGCUUGGGUGAUGUCGAUGCUGGAAUUGUGGCUAAUCUCCUAGAGAAGUUUGCUACACAGAAGCUUAUUACGAUCAGUGAGCGUACAGAGAGUACAACGGAUGGUGAUAUUGAGGUGGUGAGUGCCGAGUCAGUUCGGUUGGCAGCGGUGCUGGCUGCUCUUAUGGAGGAACAGUCUUCUACGGGCAAAAGAAAAGGUGAAACUGUCACAGAAGAAAAUACAAAAGCGAAAGUGACCAAAACGGCGACGGUUGAAAAGAAAGCGCAAAAAGGCACAGACAUUAUGUCCUUAUUAGCAAUGCCUUCAAGCAGGGAGAAGGCCGUCAAGAGGGUAGGAGAGGAAAUCAUGGAUCUACUCAGCAAACCCACAGCCAAGGAAAGGUCACUCGCUGAUAAAUUCAAAAGUCAAGGAGGUGCUCAAGUAAUGGAGUUCUGUCCACACGGCACCCGAGCUGAAUGCGCACGGGCAACCGGCGACAAAGAAGAUUCUCGGAGCGGCUGCAAGAAGUUACAUUUCAAGAAGAUUAUUCAAAGUCAUACGGACGAAUCGCUCGGAGACUGCUCGUUUCUCAACACCUGCUUCCAUAUGGAUAGUUGCAAAUAUGUGCAUUACGAAGUGGACAACACAGAUCCUAACGCUACUGUGAAUAAAAAUCUCACAGAAAAUACAGCCAAAGGUCCAAAUAAUGGCGCAACCACAGUUUCGAAGCCUGCGGACGGCGUGCUGACACUGACCCCGCCGCAAUGGAUACAGUGCGAUUUGCGAUAUUUGGACAUGACAUUUUUAGGCAAGUUCGCAGUAAUAAUGGCGGACCCGCCCUGGGAUAUUCACAUGGAGCUGCCGUACGGAACGAUGUCGGACGACGAGAUGCGGUGUCUUGGAGUGCCGCAGCUUCAAGAUAGCGGUCUCAUCUUCCUCUGGGUGACGGGCAGAGCAAUGGAACUAGGUCGGGAAUGCCUCAAGUUGUGGGGCUACGAGCGAGUGGACGAGUUGAUCUGGGUCAAAACCAACCAACUGCAAAGGAUCAUCAGGACGGGUCGCACCGGCCAUUGGCUCAACCACGGCAAAGAGCAUUGCUUGGUGGGGAUGAAAGGCAACCCGGAGAACUUGAACCGGGGUCUGGACUGUGACGUCAUCGUGGCUGAAGUGCGCGCCACCUCGCAUAAGCCUGACGAGAUAUACGGCAUAAUUGAAAGACUGAGUCCUGGCACGAGGAAAAUAGAAUUGUUCGGCCGACCGCACAACGUGCAGCCGAAUUGGAUAACCCUGGGAAAUCAGGUGGAUGGUGUCCGUCUAGUGGAUCCUGAACUAAUAGCGGCCUUCCAGAAACGGUACCCGGAUGGGAAUUGCAUGGCGCCGCCGGCCCCGGACCCUGGGCUACCAUAGACUAUAGAGUGAAUUGACAGUAAAAUAUGACAUUUGGGACUAAUAUUAUGAAGUUUCAAAAUGAAACAGCCAUGUAUAUACCUACAUGGCUAUUAAAACUUAAAAAAAACUCUUGUUAAAAUGAAAUGUGAAUGUACCUAUCUUAUGUGUUCUCCUGUCAAUACUAUGUUUUGAAGUAAAUUCUUCAUUAGAAAGUGUAAAGAAACUUGUACUCUAGGUACAUUGUUAUAUCUUGGAGAGUUAACUAAUGCUAUAAACAAGAAAUUCAAUUAAUGAUGCAAAAUGUCAGUAUGUGUUAUUAAAACAAUAUCAGUGUAUAAUCAAUGAUAAGUGCAAUCCUAAAUGUUAUAAAUGUGAAUAUUAUGUAAAUAAAACUUUUAUUUUA